GUACCGUGGCGGUACCAGUUAAUGGAGUAGUGCUGUAUAAAACAUUCUGCCACAACCGGGGGCUGCCAAAAUUGCCGGGGAAGGACGAAAGAAAAAGGCCAAAAAAAAAAAAAAAAAAGAUGAUAAAGAAUGCGGGUUUGGGUCAAAGGAAAUGUGCCGGAAUAGCGGCAGAGGCGCUGACUAGAGGCGUCAGGACGGCGGUGAACGUGGAGAAGGAGACGAUAAAUGAGAGGAACCUUUACAAAAGGUUGUCGGCAUUGGGAGCGAAGAAAGGGUUGGUGGGAGCGACGAUAAAUGAGUACCUGAGAGAGGGGAGAGUGCCCCACAAACAGGAGCUCAUGAGUUGCAUCAAGGAACUUCGUCGUUUUGGAAGACACCACCAAGCCCUUGAGACAAUGGAAUGGAUGGACACAAGGAACGUGAACCUUUCACACCGCGACCAUGCCACCCGCUUGGAUCUUAUAUGUAAAACCCAGGGAAUAGAUGCCGCCGAAGACUACUUCAAUGGCCUUCCACCUUCUGCUAAGAACCAAUUCACUUAUGGAGCUCUCUUGAACUGCUAUUGUGUUGAAAAGAUGAAAGACAAGGCAUUGGAUCUCUUUGACAAGAUGCAUCAGAUGCAAAUUGCUCCCUCCUCACUGGCUUUCAACAACCUUAUGUCCUUGUAUAUGAGAUUAGGACAGCCCGAGAAGGUGCCACCCCUGGUAGACGAAAUGAAGAAAAGGAAGAUACCUCUCUCCACCUUUACUUACAAUAUUUUCAUGCAUAGUUAUUCGUGCUUAGAUGAUAUUGAGGGAGUGGAAAGAGUUUUUGAGGAGAUUAUGCAGGAGGCUGGGAAAAGGUAUGAUUGGACUACUUUUAGUAAUUUGGCUGUUGCCUAUGUCAAUGCCGGACUAAAUGAAAAAGCUGUGCUCGCUUUAAAAAAGGUAGAGCAAGAAAUGGGACCUCGCAACCGUGAGGCAUUUCAUUAUCUGCUAAGCUUGUAUGCCAGAACUGCUAAUAUUGGUGAGGUCCAUCGCAUUUGGAAGUCCUUGAGAUCAAGUCUGCCUACAGUUACAAAUCUGAGCUAUCUUACCAUGCUUCAGGCUCUGAAUAAACUGAACGACAUCCACGGACUGAAGAAUUGCUUCCGGGAAUGGGAAUCAACAUGCUCUAGUUAUGACAUUAGGUUGGCUAACCUUGCUAUCGGUGCCUAUCUCCGACAUGAUAUGGCAGAGGAUGCUGAAUCCGUGUUCCAUUCUGCGCUAAAGAGGUCGAGUGGACCUUUCUUUAUUGCCCGGGAAAUGCUAAUGAUGUACUAUUUGAAAAACCGCAAUGUCAGGCUGGCACUGCAGUGCAUGGAAGCUGCUAUUUCUGAGCUCGAUGGCUCUGAAUGGCAACCAAAAUCUGAUAGCAUAUGUAAAUUUCUCACUGUUUGUGAAGAAGAAAAAGAUGUUGAUAGUGCCGAGGAAUUCUGCAAAUACUUAAAGAAGGUAAAUUGUCUAAAUCACAGAGUCUACAAGUCAUUGCUUCAGACUUAUGUUGCUGCUGCAAAAACAGCACCCUAUAUGCGCACAAGAAUUGAGGGAGAUGGAAUUGAAAUAUGCUCCGAACUGGAAAACCUGCUACAAAAUGUUUCUCCUGAAUAGUUUAAGUUCUCCUGAAUCAACUUUUCAAUAUUUCUUUUGUAAAGAUCCCGUUGGUUAUCAAGUGGCUUGGCACGAUGGGAAGAUGUUACGUGCUUCUUUUAGAAGCCAGAUUCAUAUUAGUCUUGGUUUUUGUUAUCCUUUGCCUUCACGCAUAAGGUCAAUUCCGACAGGAGGAUCAAAAGGUUUGAAAUGCAGAGAUAAUCAUUCGAGAGUUUGGAAA